AUGUCCUCGACGGAAGAACCCCCAUAUUUCGAUGAUGCCGAACUACUUGGCAAAAGCGUUAUCCUUCUGCCGGAUGGUCAGGAUCCUUUCAACCUAGAUAAACUCUUAGAGUCCACCAGACGUGUUGUCAAGUUAAGUCUGGACAAAAAGAUAGUCGGAGGAUCCCAUGGGUCAGGUUUCAAGGUCCCAAAGGACGUCGAUUACACGGGAGUCCACGAGACUCAGACGAAGUCAUUACAAGUCGAAACAGGAGACGAACUCAGCAAAGAAUUAGAUACAAAUGCUUCACUUAGCGGCAGCUAUUCAGGAGUUUCAGCAGAGGCUUCAGCGAAAUACAGCUACCACACGUCUCUAAACAAAUCCAACUACUAUGGAGUCGUUAGUCUUAGUCAUGUGUCCUUCCUCUUGACCUUGCAUCGAUCUAGUAUCGUCAAAGACAAUAUCGAGUCUAGCUUUAUCAGUAGCGCAAGGAAGCUGCCCGAAUGGAAAGACUCUGCUAUACCCGACGAAGAUACAUACAGCAGAUAUCGUGAAUUUUUCGAGACAUGGGGAACACAUUCCAAGACAGAACUGGAGGCUCAAAUCAAGGCUGAAUAUAAUGGUGUUGCCUCUGUGAAAGGGGAGGCUAGUGUUAAACACACAGAGGAAUACAAGAGGUAUAUUAAUACACGGAAACACACUGCUCUUGUUAAAGGUGGUGAUCCAGGUUUGAAUACAGACCUUAGCAACUCUCCCGAUGAUGCAGAGAAGUUCUCCGCGUGGGCGGACUCCAUAAAGGAUACGACUGCCAAUGAUGCCAUCUCUAUUUCUGUUAUUGAUAUUGGGGAGGUACUGAAGGAGGCGAAAGAGGUGUCAGAUCAAUCUAUUUCAAAGCGACUCAAAAAUGCACUUGGGUACUUUAACAGCUUUCAACUCAUAAAAGGAAACGGUUUCAUUCGUUCCAUCCAUGACAGUCAGCUUGACUUUGAUCUAUCAUUGAGUGGUCUACCGGGAACGAAGGUUCUUCUUGAAAAAUUUGAAACCGACAACCCAUCUAUCUCUCUUGAGAAAAAAUCUUCAACUCACUGGAAAUUGGUUUCUGGGGCUUCUCCUAAUAUAGAGCCUGGUCAAUGGGGCUUCGACGCGUUGAUAUCAGCUCCUCCAUUACCAGUUAAUGUGAAGAUCGUUAAGAAUUACAGUCUUCAAUUCGAUUCUAAAGCAGAUGAGAAACCUAAAUCUGGGGGUCCUAAAUAUGGGGAGCCUACAUAUGUGGAAAUCCCGGAUUACGGUCUUCAACUCAACUUUGCUCAAGGUGGGGGACCAUAUGUACAUACAAAAAGGGGCCAGAAGGAGACGAAGUAUCAGGUUGACUCCUUCUUUAGUCCAGGGGAAUAUCCAUAA